ACUUUACAAGCGGUUGGUUUGUGUAAAGUAUGAGUUUGAGCGGUACCAAUGGUAGAGUUCCAUACGACGAGGAGGUGGGGUUUUUACCAACCUCAAAAGAUAGUCCUGAUACAAAUGAAAAUGAAGCAGGACAAAAAGACACCUAUCGUUUACUUACAAGAGAAGACUUGAUGCAGCUAGACAGCAAAGAGCCGUUGUGGUUACGUCUUAGAUGGGGUCUAUUUAUAUUGUUUUGGAUUGUUUGGAUUGGACUUCUCUUAGCGGCAAUCUUAAUAAUAGUGUUCACUCCCAAGUGUCCUCCAAGACCUGUUCUGCCUUUCUGGAGAUCAAGUGCUGGGUAUUGGGUCAACCCAUUUGCUUACGCGGAUUCUACCGGUGACAAAAUCGGAGAUCUACGAGGCUUGGUCGAAAGACUCGGAUAUAUCAAAAGUACUAUAGGUGCGGGAUUCAUUGUCCUCAGUUCUAUUUUCUCCGGUCAGUUUACUAAUGACCAGAAAACAUUGGGUCUUGUGGACGAUUUCUAUACUAUUGAUCCUGCCGCUGGUACUAUGGAGGAUUUUAAGUAUUUUGUGAGGUCAUGCCACAAAAAUGGUAUUCAUGUGGUCUUGACCAUGGACUUUAAUUCUGUCUCUGCGAAACAUUCAUGGACUGAUUCAACGUCUAUGCUCGAACCAUAUCCGAGUGGUGGACGGAUUUCCCGUUUAGGUGGCGAUGCAAGAACCGUUAUACAAGGCACCGGAUAUUACUCUGUUCUUGGUUCACAGUUUGUUGAUCUUAAUCUGAGAGAGUCAGUUACAUUAGAUCGUGUUUCUGAUGUGGCAAAGUUUUGGCUCAAUGAGGGCAUAGAUGGCAUUCUUUUAGACAAUGUUGCUUUCUAUGUUGAAAACAGUGCAGAACCCACCGCCCCGAUUACAAAAGAGUUGGGUUCAAAAUGGUUUGCUAAAUAUCCGACAUCACAAAUUUACCUGAAUGAAUCAGUGGAGGUUGUUCGCAGAAUUAGGAAGGUUGUCGAUGAAAUGUCGGAGUCCAGUGGGAAACCAAAGUAAGUUACUUGUGUGUUACUGUAAACGUCUAAGGUUAUUGGCAGUUGAUGCUGGUAAUACAGGAUAUGGUAUUAGUGAGAAGGAAGACCCUUCCAUGCAGUAUCUCGGGACGAAAGAUUCGCCAGCAGCACAUGUAGUUGUAAGCCGUCAGUUUGUUAAGCAGCGUGGUUGGAAAGCAUCUCCAACUAAUCCUCUCGUGAUAAACAACAAUAUUUUGACGUAUGAUAUGCUAAGUGUGGAUGACAGAGAUUCCAUGGCUUUGGCAGCUGCUUCAACUACUGACCCUAGACAGUCUGAUCUAGUUGCUUUGGCUUCUACGUUUCUGCUUCCAGGCACUUGUCUACUGUAUUAUGGUUCGGAGUUAAAUGAGGAGACGAGAAACACCAAAUUCACUGCCGAUUUUUACCCGUUUGAUGAGAAGACUGUGUUCACUGGCUCUAACGAAACUGAUGUGCUUUUAUCUCAAUUAGCCAUGCCUUGGGAUCAAUCUGGAGUUGGUUUCUCGGCGAUGCUAUCAAAUGUUACUUCUUUUACAGAAUAUUUGAAAGCCUUCAAAUUUAAUGAAACAGUCGAGUCCGCAACAUCAAGUGGUCGUGGGAUUACUUCUCUCUCACUUGUUCAAGAUCUUGUAGCGAUCCGUAAAAAUGAAAGCUUGCUAUGGGGAGGUUUCAGGAUGUUGCAACCCAGUCGCAUUACAGAAGAGUUGAAUUUUGAGAUAUUUGAACGCAAAGCCGAAGGUUUCCCAGCUUUCAUAAUUGUUUUACGCAAAGAGUCCAAUGCGGUCAGUGGGACAUUUGACUUUUCUAGUGUGUGCCCUAGCAUCAUUCCAAAAAUAAUCUAUCCUCCAAAUAGAAAUUUCCCAAUUGAUCAACCAGUUAGUAGUCAACGUGUUUACCUGAAAUCUGAUGGGCAACCUAUGAUAUAUGUUUUCAAAUGUGAAUGAAAUAAGUAAACUUACCGAGGUUUCAUAUGUAUGCAGUCAAUAACUGAUUUGUUGUGCUUGAACUGUCAGCUAUUACUUUUUCAACUUAUCGAACUUUAUCUGUUGUAGUACAAAAUGCUUUCUUAGUUUACCGCUAAAUUGUGUGCUUAUGUUCAUUCCGACCAAUUUACAAAUAUAUAUUUCUUUGCUCAAACUCCUCAGACUUUUGUACUGUUUAAAAAUGAAUUGGGUAUUACGCGCAUUAUAU